UAUUUAAUUAUUCCAUUAGUUAGACGUACUACAUUUAGACUUAUUUGCUUUCAACCUAUAAGCUAAUUGAGUGAAAUCAUUCAACUUGAAUUUAUAGUGUUGCUAUUAUGACAAUAAUAUGUAAAUAUUCACAGAAUAAAUUUACGUUACCUUUCAGGUGAAUCUCUUUUACUGAAUUAUGCUUUGUCUGUUACUAAGUUAUUCAAGUAAAUUGUCAAAACACAAUAGAUUUUUUUUUACACUGACAUAAGAAUGAUAUCAACUUAUUUAUACAUUCUGUAAAAGUUUAAUGCAGCACCCAGCGACAUGACAAAAAUAAAUGUCCAUUCAGUACAAAGAAGACAAAUUACUUAUUUUAAUGGUAAAAUUACAGUAUAAGAAAAUAGUUGAUCACACUUUUUUUUUUUUUCAAUUGAUAAUUUUGAUAUUUUAUCUGAUACAUUGAUCAGACAUAACAUUAUGACCACUGACAGGUGAACUUAAUAACACUGAUUAUCUCUUCAUCACGGCACCUGUUAGUGGGUGGGAUAUAUUAGGCAGCAACUGAACAUUUUGCCAUCAAAGUUGAUGUUUUAGAAGCAGGAAAAAGGGGCAAGCGUAAGGAUUUGAGUGUGUGAUGGCUAGACGACUGGGUCAAAGUAUCUCCAAAACUGCAGCUCUUGUCUUGUGGGGUGUUCGUGGUCUGCAGUGGUGUGUUUGCUGCAGAAACAGAUGAAGGAAAGACAGUGAUGGAGGGAGAUUCUGUCACUCUAAACCCUGAUCUCACUCAAAUACAGGGAUUUAUUCAGAUGCUGUGGAGGUUUGGAGAUCCAGGUCCAGUUAUUGCUCAAAUCGAUGGAAAUGAGAUCUCGUAUACCAGUGAUGAGCGAUUCAGAGGCAGGCUGCAGCUGAACCAGACGGGAUUUCUGAUCACCAAGAACAUGAGAACCAAACACUCUGGACUUUAUAAACUAGAGAUCGACCGCAGCACCGGGACCUCAUAUAAGACAUUCAGUGUUACUGUGUAUGAGGCUCUAUCUGUUAUUGCUGGGGCUGAAGCUGAAGUGAAGAGCAUGUCAGAGAUGGAGGGAGAUCCUGUCACUCUUCAUGUUCCUCAACUACAGGGAGAUGAGCUGAUAGUGUGGAGGUUUGGAGAUGAAGGAAAACUCAUAGCUAAACAUGAUAUAGAGGCCAAGAGCUCAUUAGUAUAUGAUACUGAUGAGAGAUUCAGAGACAGACUGCAGCUGGAUCAGACUGGAUCUCUGAUCAUCACAAACACCAGAACCACAGACUCUGGACUUUAUACAGUGAAGAUCAGCAGCAACACACAGACCUUAUACAAGAGAUUCAUUGUUACUGUCAGUGCUGUUCCAGAUUCAGUACCAGGUCUGUCUCCAGCUGCUGUAGCAGGGAUAGUUGUUGUUGUUCUGCUGGUGUCUGCAGCUGCAGCUGCUGCUGCUGCUGGUGUGAUGUACUACUGUCGCCGCAGGACCACUAAUCUACCAACCCAAACGUGGUCAGUGCUGGUGGGAGAUACGGUCCCUCUAAACCCUGAGACUGAAAUACAGACAGAUGAUGAGAUACAGUGGCUGUUUGGAGCUGAAGACGUUCUCAUAGCUGAAACCAGAAGAGAGACCAGAGAGAUGACUACAUAUCAGGGUCCUGGUGGGAGAUUCAGAAACAAACUGAAGCUGGACAAGACGACUGGAUCACUGACCAUCACAAACAUCCUCACUGAACAAACUGGACUUUAUACUCUGAAGAUCAGAAGAGGCAGAGACACCUUAUACAAAAGAUUCACGGUUUCUGUCGAAGAGAGGACGAGAUCGGUGAUGGAGGGAGAAUCUGUCACUCUAAACUCUGAUACUGAAAUACAGACAGGUGAUGAGAUACAGUGGCUGUUUGAUGAUAAAGAGCAGCAGACUGUCCUGGCUGAAAUCAAGACCACAGAGGUGACUAAAUAUGAAGGUCCUGAUGAGAGAUUCAGAGACAGACUGGAGCUGAACAAGGAGACAGGAUCACUGACCGUCACAAAGUUCACAGCUGCACACUCUGGACUCUACACUCUGAAGAUCAGAAGACGGACAGAAACCUCUUACAGAAGAUUCAUCAUUUAUGCUGAAGAGAGGAAGAUAAUAGCGAUGGAGGGAGAAUAUGUCACUCUAAACCCUGCUACUGAAAUAAACAAAGAUGAUUUGAUUCAGUGGCUGUUUAGAGAUGAAGAGCUGCACACUGUCAUAGCUGAAAUCAAAGGAGAGACCAGAGAAAUCUUUACACAUGAUGAUGUUGCUGAUGAGAGAUUCAGAGGCAGACUGAAGCUGGACGAGAUGACUGGAUCUCUGACCAUCAACAACACCAGAACCUCACACUCUGGACGCUAUCAUCUACAGAUCACAUCCAGCAGUCGGUUUUCAAAACAGACAUUUUUUGUCACUGUCAAAGAUAAAGUGGAGGAGAAAUCACUGAACGAGGGAGAUUCUGUCACUCUAAACCCUGAUACUGAAAUACAGAGAGAUGAUCAGAUCCUGUGGAUGUUUGGAGCUCAAGACUAUCUCAUUGUUCAAAUCAGAGGAGGGACUGUAGAGAUAUAUGAUGAUGGUGUUAAUAAGAGAUUCAGAGACAGACUGAAGCUGGACGAGACUGGAUCACUGACCAUCACAGACAUCUCAACUGAACACAAAGGACUCUAUAAACUACUGACCAUCAGCAGCAGCAGAGGGAUCUUGUUCAAGAAAUUCAAAGUUUUAAUACAUUUGAAGUAUGAGGUAGUGACUGCAGGAGAUUCUGUCCAUCUAUACACUGGUCUUACUGGAAAACACACAGAUGAUGAGAUACAGUGGAGGUUUGGAGAUGAAGAGACUCUCAUAGCUGAAAUCAAAGGAAGGACCGUAGAGACAUAUGAUGUUCCUGAUGAGAGAUUCAGAGACAGACUGGAGCUGAACAACACGACUGGAGAUCUGAUCAUCAAGAACUCUACAACUAAACAUGCUGGAUGUUAUAAACUGAAGAUCCGCAGCAGUGAAGGGGACACAAACCGGACAUUCUUUGUUAUUAUCAGCGGUGCUGCUGUCACAGAUGAGUCGAGGGAGGAAUCAGAGAUGAAGGAGAAGAAUGACUCCAGAGAGAACCGAGGGAAUGAAUUAGCGACUGUAGAGAUGCCGCUGUUGAAUGGAGAGGAUGUUGGAUGAAGUGAAUGAGGAGGAGGGGACGAGUUCACUUUAAUAACAUAAGACCCGCCCACCAGUGUCAAUCACUCUGACAUCAUCAACACUUCAGCUCCAGCUACAACAACAAAACAUUUUUAAUUUGAAAGAUUUUAUUUGUUAUUACUUUGACUCUACCAACAAAUCUAAAGAAUAUAUUUUACAGACAGCCAUGUCACCCUGUAGCCCAAGACUGGUUACUCACUGAAGCUAAGCAGGGUUGAGUCUGGUCAGUACCUGGAUGGGAGACCUCCUGGGAAAAUCAGGUUGCUGCUAGAAGAGGUGUUAGUGAGGCCAGCAGGGGGUGCUCACCCUGUGGUCUGUGUGGGUCCUAGUGCCCCAGUAUAGUGAUGGGGACACUAUACUGUAAAAAGCACCGUCCUUCGGAUGAGACGUUAAACCGAGGUCCUGACUCUCUGUGGUCAUUAAAAAUCCUAGUAUGUCUUUCGAAAAGAGUAGAGGUGUGACCUCGGCAUCCUGGCUGAAUUCGCCCAUUGACCUCUGACCAUCAUGGCCUCCUAACAAUCCCCAUAUCUGCUGAUUGGCUUCAUCACUCUGUCUCCUCUCCACCAGUAAGCUGGUGUGUGGUGGCCGUUCUGGUGCAAUAUGGCUGCCGUCGCAUCAUCCAGGUGGAUGCUGCACACUGGUGGUGGUUGAGGAGACCCCCCUCACAAUGUAAAGCUCUUUGAGUGCCUAGAAAAGCACUAUAUAAAUGUAAGGAAUUAUUAUUAUUAUUAUUUUCUUUUUCUUUUUUAUUUGUCCAUGAACAAAAAUGUAUGGGCUCAAUUCCUACUCUUUCACAUUUUCUGAUUGAGGUUGACUCGCUGCUCAUCUUUUUGUUUGACUGGCAAUAAAAAAUGUGACAGGUUUUUGAAAAUUAAUUUCUAUUGACACUAAGUUCAGACAGCUCUCUUUCAUUGCUCUUUUAUUUUUGUAUUUAUUAUUAUUAUAUUUUCCCCUUACUGUAAGCUACUUACCCCUUUAUUUUGUUUUAAUUUUCCUAAUCGUGUGUAUACAGUUAUUCUUACUUGUAUCUUCUUUUCUUUGAUAAUGUUCUCCUGGAGGUGUUUGAAUAUUUUCAUCUUUUUUUUUUUUUUUUAAUUUAAAAAAAAUAAUCAAUUUGAUCACAUUUUUCUUCUUUUAUGAGUCUCUAGAAUCCGUCCAGUGAAAGUGAGAAAUGUUAAACUUGCAUGUACAAAGCUUCUUUGGUUUCAGAUUGACCAAGAAACAUGUUUAUCAAACAUUUUCAGAUGUCAUUUUAAUAAUGUUACACUUCAUACCUGUUACUUUAUUAACAUAAUGCUAGUUUGACUUUCACAGCUUUGAUUUCAUGUGAUUGUAGACAGUGAGAGUCAGAAAGUGUCAUAUAUGCUUUUAAUAAGACAUUUUACCACAGCAGUGUUUCUCUAACCAUUGUAUUCACUGUUUUUAUGUAAUUAACAGCAGUUCCAGAUUAAUGUUGAUGUUCAGCAUCGAUUACAGUCUGUUUCCAAAGAUCUGAAGCACUUGAAAUGAGCUUUAUUGCACUUGUAUCAAAAACAUGUAAAAUCACAUUUGUUCAGUUCUAGUAUUGAUGUGAUAUCGCAUGCGUUGUGCUUUGUGGUGUUUUAUUAAAUUUGUCAAAAGCA